AUGGCCGCCGAACUUCUUGCAGUUGGCCCCUUUGCGGCACCGCCCAUCCCGCCGGCACCUCCCCCGCCACACGACGAUGGUAGUAACCGGCGCCCAAAGGUUACCUGUACCAUGCCCGAUUUAGGCGCAGACACAGAAGGGGAUACGCCGGCUUCACGCGUCUCAUGGUCCAACAACGACAAAGGCCACGACGGCAGACAGCGGCUGGCGCACGCACAGCGCACCAAACGGGAGACCCUGCUAGAGUCACGCCACUUUGGCAGCACGUUCUGGAAUGCCUACCGCGACCUCGGCGAUGACAAGAAACAGACGUGCGCCGUCUCCGCCGACGCGCUGCGACCGGUAUUUGAGCAGCGCAUGAACCCGCCCGCCCGCGCGCCACCGAGCUUCCACACCUCAGCCACGAUUGCAGCCAGCACCACGGCCCGCAACCUCGAUGAAAUAGAGAACGCUGCACCACCGGACGAGACCUUCCGCAGGCCAUGGACACUGGGCGAAAUCGAGGAGCUUAAAGCCAGGGUCAGCGAACGCAGUAGUCACGGUGCACCGGGCACGGACGGUGUGACGCGCUCGCUCAUCCUGAAGAUGGACAACGAAGCACUGCUCAAACUGUUCAACCUGUGCAUUGAUCUACGAGACUCGCCGUCAAUUCGGCUACGCACCACGGUCAUUGGCAUCUUAAAGCGCAACCUGCCGGACUACGACCCGGCGAGUUACCGGACCAUCGGCCUCGAAUCCGUCCUGUUCAAGCUACUUACCCUCCUCAUCCACAUGCGCCUCUAUGCUUGGGCGGAGAAUAACAACAUCAUUCCCGCCACCCAAGACGGUUUUUGA